AUGCCUCGUCAACGCCGUGGUGCCGCUCCCGCCCCUACUCCUGCGCGCAGCGCUCCCACUCGCCCUACUGCUCCCGCGCAGCCGGCCCGUGCGCCUUACGGCCAGCAGCACUCGCAGCCUCACUCAACCGCUGCCCACCCCCCUACUGCCGCUCAGGCUCCUGCAGCCCCUGCUCCCGUCCAGCAGAGCGCUGGCCCCGGCCUCUUCGGCCAGAUGGCUUCCACCGCUGCUGGUGUAGCAGUCGGUUCCUCCAUCGGCCACGCCAUCGGCGGUCUUUUCUCCGGCGGCGGCUCCAGCGCCCCUGCCGAGGCUCAGCAGGCUCCUCCUCCUGCUCAGGCCCAGCCUAUGGACAACGGUCUCUGGGCCGGCAGCGCUACCAACAGCUCCUGGGAGAACAACGCCUGCGCUACCGACAUCCAGAACUUCCGCAAGUGCAUGGACGACAACCAGGGCAACAUGUCUAUCUGCGGGUGGUACCUUGACCAGCUGAAGGCUUGCCAGGCUGCUGCUAAGCCCUACUAA